AUGCGAAGACGUGCAGCUCUUGAGAACAAAGGAAAAAGACCAGGAGGUGACCGUGAGCCUCCAAAAACACCCCCAUCUCCUUCUUCUCCUUCUUCCCCGUCUUCUCCCUCUUCUACUCAUUCUGAGUUUUCUUCUCUCUUCAAGAGUUCACAUAAGCCUAAGAUUAAAUUGGAUGUAAAAUUUGAUCUACCAAAGUAUUGUGGGGAAUUAAAUGUUGAAAAAUUAGAUGAUUGGAUUCAACAGGUUGAAGUCUAUUGUAGAGUCCAAAACCUCUUAGAUGAUGCCGAUAGGAUCCAGUUAGCUACUCUUCGGUUAGGAGGUACAGCUCUAACCUGGUGGGAGAGUAGAAUUCGGGAUGGGUCUUCACAACAUGGUAAAAUCAAUUUAACUUGGCAAGGGAAAGGUCAGUCUGUCCAAGAUUACACCCAUGAAUUAAAAAAGAAGGCUAUUGCAUUAAAUGUUCCAUUGUAUACCCAUAACACGUUGCUUAAGUACAUAGUUGGUCUUCACUCUUAUCUGAGACAUUCAAUUUUGGUCUUGAAUCCUAGUAACUUAGAUAAAGUCUGUGUUCAAGCCACACACCUAGAGUUAAGAGGUAAGUGUUCUUUUAUUGAUAAGUUUGAUAAGAAGCUAUCUAAGUCUGAGAACAAAUCCCAAAACAAAGGGAAGGGGAAAAAGAUAGCUACAGUGAAGAAAGAGGGUGAAAAACCCACAUGCUCACAUUGCAAGAAAGAAGGGCAUGAUGAUUCUAGGUGCCGGAAGUUGCACCCUGAAAAAAGGCCAAAGAGAUAUGGUGGAAACAAAGACAAGCAAAAGACUACUGCUAUAGUUCAACAAGAUCUUGGAUCUAACUUUGGCGAUGAGACAAAGAUCAUUGCUGUUGGAAUCCAAGGUAAAGAAAAAGGUAGAUCUCUCUCAUCAGCUACAAGUUCUUCUAAUAUAAGUGCAAGUACAAGUAAAGAUUCUACUCCUAAGAAUGAUAAGCAAAGGAAUGAAUUAUUUCAUAUUCGGGUUGUUAUCAAACAUACUAAAGUUGAUACAUUAUUUGAUACGGGUUCUCAAGUUAACUUGAUAUCUGAAGAAAUUGUUAAAAAGCUUAACUUGACUACAAUACCUCAUCCAAAACCAUAUCCUCUGGGAUGGGUUUGCAAUGAUGCACAAUUGCAAGUAACUAAACAAUGUAAGAUAAGAUUUGCUAUCACUGCAAACUUUGUAGAUGAGGUAGAAGCUGAUGUAGUCUCUUUAGAUAUUUGUGGUCUUGUAAAGAGUAAUCUUGCACUAGUUAAUGCUGGUCAAAUGAAAAGGUUAGUCAACUCUUGUAAGAACUUUGUAUUAAUGCUUGUAAAAGCCAAAGAGGAAGAAACAUUUGAGGCAUUUAAAGGAUGUGAUCCUAAACAUAAGGCUGAAAUGGUCAAAGUUGUUUCCACUUACGAUGACUUGUUUCGGGAACCAAAAGGAUUGCCUCCUAAGAGAAAGAUACAACAUGAGAUCCAGUUGCAGCAGGAUGUGCCACUUCCAAACAUUGGCAUGUACCAGUUAUCAGUCUUGCAAAAUGAAGAGAUCAAAAAGGCUCUGAACAAGAUAAUGGUAAAGAAUAGGUACCCUCUUCCUAGAAUUGAUGAUUUACUUGAUCAGUUGAAACAUGCAAUUUAUUUCACUAAGUUAGACUUGCGUAGUGGAUAUCAUCAACUACAAAUUGCAGGAAAUGAUAUUUGGAAAACUGCUUUUAAGACAAAACAAGGACUUUACAAGUGGUUGGUUAUGCCCUUCGGGCUUUGUAAUGCACCAACUACAUUCAUGAGAGUCAUGAAUGAUGUCUUUCGUCCUUUUAUUGAUGAUUUUGUCAUAGUCUACCUAGAUGAUAUUCUUGUAUUCAACAAGUCUUGGGAAGAUCAUUGGGGAGGUCCACAGCAAAAGGCUUUCAACACUUUGAAGGAAAAGUUGAGCACUGCACCAGUUCUGACUUUACCAGAUUUACAUCAACCAUUUCAGAUCGAGACGGAUGCGAGUGGGUUUGCCAUGGGAGCUGUACUCAUGCAAGGAGGUAAACCAGUCUGCUACCACUCUGAAACAUUUUUAGGCGCAAUAAGUAACUAUCCCACUUAUGAUAAGGAACUUUAUGCUUUAGUUCAGAGUGCUAAGAAAUGGAAACACUACUUAAUGGGCAAAGAAACUAUAAUCCACACUGAUCAUCAGCCACUUCAGUAUUUGCACUCACAGUCUAAACUGCAACAAAGUAGGCUUUUUAGGUGGAUGGGUUUUCUUCAACAGUUUCAUUUGGUGAUUAAGUAUAAAAAAGGUGCCCAUAACAAAGUAGCAGAUAUGCUCUCUAGGCCUCCAGUUAAGAAUGCUUUGAUAAUCCUUAAAAAUAGUUCCAUGGUUCGUGAAAGUUUUUAG